AUGCCAAAUUUGGGACCAUCGAUACGACGCGACAGCCUUCCCGACGAUCGAGACAAGCGGCGAUUCGACGCACUUCAUUAUGCUUUGGCGGCGGCUGCAGUCAUCCUCGGAAUUCUUGCAAUCAUUUUCAUUGUAGAAAUAUUAUCGCUACACCGCGAUAACGACGCAUUUUUGAAUCGUGUGACGGCGACGAUGAGCGUGCGAAGCGCCAACGCCAAACCAUGGCAGAAUCUCGAUUGGCGGCAUUAUGUUCUGGCAGCCACCACCAUUCUAUUCCUCAUCUUAUUCAUUAUAUUCGUUUCCUUAUAUGCAACAUAUAAUCCAAAAUCUAGCGCAUUCCUCGUCGUCGGAAAUGUCGCUCAACAAUCCGCAAAAUUUUCCAAUCUCGCCUAUUCGGAUCAGGACGUUCAAAAUGAGCUACGCGGAAUUCUUUCGAAAAAAUACAACUUGGAUUCAUUCAAUAUGGAAGUCAGCGACGGUGUCGCCAGCGCCGUCUACUCGGUUCGAGGCACAGUCAAACAAAGCGAUAUGGCGAAAACCGUGCAAUCAUCAAAAACCAUCAGCAACCCAAAAACCACAACGGGGUCUGCUGUCCUUGAAGCCUGCAAUGUCGCGGUGCCUAUCUGUCCGCAAUCAACCGUCUCACCAGCUUCGUCUCAAGCGACGAGCACCGUCAAACCGCCGCCAAUAAGCAAUGGAUAUUGUGCCGGCUACUCGGUGGUUCGCGACAUCCUCAUCGUGUUCGAUAUGGACGUCGCCGUUUACAGCGACGCCGACGCGAAGAGCAACACGAUUCGAACAAUCGCGAAACAACUCGCCGCCGGCGUCACAUUCCCCAGCACUCAAGUGUUCAUCGCCGCCGUCGCUUCGGGCAACGUUGUCUCGAUCUCGCAAUCGUGGAUCACCGAUUCGGCGACAUUGACGGCUGACAUCGAGAAGGCGAUCAGCGUCGAAAAUCAAGCCGUCUCCACGAUCCUUCCAUUCAAAACGAUCAACGAUUACGCGAUGGACGCCCUUCAAUCAAGACCAGCUACGGCGCAGCAAGUGAUCGUGAUCACUGACAAGCUUCUCAACGAUGUUUCGUGCGUCGAUCUCCGCAAUUAUGGAGUUUACUUUGGAUUGAUCGGAAUCGGAGCCAAGAGAGCACAAGCCUACACCAACUAUGUCGACAAGGCGAUCAUUUAUGAUUCGUGGGCCGCCGUUUCUCAAGCCGACCCGAUGGCGACACUCGUUUGCAGCUAUUACAGCUCGCCGAAGAAGCGAUUAGAAGGAUUCGGUGUCGUCGGCGAUGCAUCGAACAAUCCCAGAUGCGAGACCAUCGACAUUCUCAUCGCGUUCGACACCUCCGAGAGUCUAUCGAGAAUCAUUCUCAAGAAAUAUCGAUCGUUCGCCGAACAAUUUGUGGCUCAGUAUAAAUACGAGGACGACCUAUUCACAAGGAUCGCGAUCAUGACGUUCAAUUCCGAUGUCAGCAAGGUUCUUGACUUCAAUGCCAAUUUGACUGUCAUUGAUAAUGCCAUCGAAUCGGUCGCGUACACCGGCGGAUUGACCGAUGUCACAAAGAUGCUCAAAACCGCCAACGACUACUUCCUGCAACACGGUGUGGCGUCUCGAGGCAAGGUGCUUCUGCUCCUCUCUGAUGCCACUCCCACUUUGGACAGUUUUGACGAUGAGAUCGCCGCCGGUCAAACAUUGGCCAAAAAUGGCGUCAGCGUGUUCUUCAACAACUACGAGACGUACUCUCCCGAUAUUCAGAAGAAGUUGGAAAAAGUCACUGAUCCUCGGAAUAUCUUCACCGAUCUUUCUCCUGAUACCCUGAAUGCGUUGACACAAAGGAUUCUAGUAGUGUAUCCAUGUCCAGUUCCAAAAUGUGUCACCGCCUAUUUCGCCGUCGAGUUCAGCGAGCCAACCUCCAACGUUCUCGUGCAAAACCUUCAGACGGUGCUGAAGAUUGCUGAUCAAGACGCCGCCCUUCAAUCCGGAGCCGAAUCCUACCAGCUGAUUUCCUACAACGAGAAUCAUACUCAAUUCAAACCCGACAACACUACGCUCGCCGGUUUCAAGGCAUACGUUCAGAGUCUCAUCGAUGAUGACGUCAAGAGGAAGCAGUUGAUUCAAGGAAACACUAGAUUGGAUAUGGCGAUCAAUGACAUCUCCGCAGUAUUGUACCAUCAGGCGACAAUCAACAAACGCGCCACAUCCAAUAUUCUCUUCUUCGGACAAGCCAACAACGGCGUUCUCGAUCCCAACGUUUCCAUCGACGUCAAGAAGAAGCAGCUUCAAGACGCGUCGGCUGUUCUUCGCGCCGUCACCACCGGCAUCUACGUCGUCGACGAUUCUCGCAAUCCGACAUUGUUCGGAGAAGAUCUUUGGACGUCGGUGACGGGCUCCAACAACAUCGUUGCGCUUGGCGGCGACGUCAUCGGAAAUCUAACGAACAACACCGAUUAUUUCGUCAAUUGGUCGAAGAUGUCUUGCGAACUUCCCAAGAUAGAAUCAUGCAAGAGCAAGCCAAUCGAUAUGGCAAUCAUUUUUGAUCUACCGAAUCGUAAUGACGCGCUGGUCAACUAUACGGCCAAGUUCGCUUCACAAUUCUCAACCGAGAAUGAUGCUCAUAUGGCCAUGCUUGCCUAUGGAAUCAAUCCAACCAUGUUCUUGACCGAUCUCGGAGCCCAUAACGCGCAAGACCUUCAAGACUCGAUCGUGAAGCUCGAGGAAUGGAGGAAUGGCAGUCUGUUCCAGACGACACCGGCUCCAGCUCCAACGCAGGCGUUCCUCGACGCGCUCACUCAAAAUAUUCAUCAAGCUUACACCGUGCAGCCAUCGACAAUCAACAGGUACUCAUUUUUAUGA